AUGUUCAGUUUAGCCAUGUUUCUUGGUUCUUACUUAUCCGGCCUUGUUCCACUUGCAUUUACUCUUUCUGAAACUAAAAUGCGUUAUGUUACCGUACUUGGCGCUGGUCUAUUAGUUGGUACAGCUCUGGCAGUAAUUGUUCCUGAAGGCGUUCAUGCACUUUAUAUGAGUGAAUUAGAAACGAAUCAAAUGCAAACUCAACAUGAAUUUCAUUCUGAUCAUAAAGUAGUUGGUCGUCAUUUGAAUCAAGUUGAUAGUAAAGUGGAUACUGACAUAAAAAGUGAUAUUUUACCACCAGCUCAUCAACAUACAGCUGAUCGACCAAGAGAAUUAGGUUCAGAACUUGGACAUAAACAUACAGAUACAACACAUUCAGCUAUAGGUAUUACAUUAGUACUUGGUUUUGUUUUUAUGUUAAUUGUUGAUAAUUGUGGUUCAAGAAUAAUACGACAUCAUGGAAAUCAAAUACUUGAUACAUCUGGUUCAAUUCUUCUUUCGAAACCAAAAGCAUCAUGGACAGCUACAUUAGGUCUUGUUGUACAUGCAGCAGCUGAUGGAAUUGCUUUAGGUGCAGCAUCAGCAACAAGUCGACUUAACGUUGAAGUAAUUGUAUUUAUGGCAAUUAUGCUUCAUAAAGUACCAGCUGCAUUUGGUCUCGUGUCAUUUUUAAUGUCUGAUGGUGUUGAUCGUAAACGUAUUCGACGUCAUUUAUUAAUCUUCUCUUUAGCAGCACCAUUAAUGUCUAUAUUUACCUAUGUUUUAUUGAAAAGUAGAAUUCAUGACACAUAUUCUGUGGAUUCAACUGGUUUAGCGAUGUUAUUUAGUGCCGGUACAUUUUUAUUUGUUGCUACUGUACAUGUCUUACCCGAAGUACAAUCUCAUUAUGAAGAUCGACAAUUUCGUGUUGUCGAACUUCUUAUUCUUAUUAUUGGAUGUUGUUUUCCGAUUAUUCUUUCAAUGGGACAUAAACAUUAA